CCCACAGCCCAUACAUUUUACCCACCUCCAUUAGCACCAGUCCAGCAAGAUUGCACAGCCCCCUUCUUUUUCUUCACAAUUUUCCCCAUCUCCAUUCUUGACUUUUGAUAACAUCAAGAAAACAAAAAAAGCACAAAAAUAAGAAGAAAGUAAACCCACUAAGAAAUUUUCUUUUUUUCCUUCUUUCUUGUUCAUUGCUUAAGACCAAAGAAUUGCAGAGAAAGGCCAAAAAAAAAAAAUGCAGGUAAAGAUGAAUUUUAUUUCAGUAUUGGAAGUGCAGAGGCUGAAAUGGAUGCUUUGACAAAUACCCAUUUGCUUAUUUCACUUGUAAAUGCAACUUUGUAGAUCAUUAGCCUCCUGGAUUUCACAUAUCUUUGCUUGCAUGGGCCAUGUAUAAUAUAUGUUGUUUAAGGAUCGAAAUAGAGGCACGUUUUCGAAGUAUUCCUUUGUGUUCUGCUUUUGGGUUUUUGGGAUAAUAUCUUCGAGCCAUCAUUGGUACAUGAUGGAAAAGUUGAAGGAGACAUGGAGGGCACUUCUUAAUAGCAGAAGUUGUCUUGGGUGCUGUGUAAAGCCUCCACAUGUUAUUUCAGUGGAUAGGCCAUCCAAAGGACAGAAAGUUCAGGGUCAACGCUUGAGGAAACGCAGUUCAAGGGACGACUUUUGGAGCAGUAGUACUUGUGAGAUGGAGAAUAGUGCAUUUCAUUCACAACGAAGUGCCUCAUCAAUUAGUACUUCAAAUCAGGGCCUUCAAGCUCACAGUAGUUCCAGCACCGCACACAACAAUUCUGAAUUUGUAAAUCAUGGUCUAAUUCUUUGGAGUAAAACUAGGCAGGAAUGGAUUGGAAAUAAAACACCUCAGAAGCGUACUUCACCUCGAGAAUCGAAAUUAAGCUUUGAUGCGAGUUACGAAACUUUGCUGGGGACCAACAGGCCUUUUCCUCAGCCAAUCCCUCUAUCUGAAAUGGUAGACUUUCUUGUUGAUGUCUGGGAACAGGAGGGACUGUAUGAUUGAGCUGCUAUUUAACUGAUCUUAUCCCAGCCCCCCUCAAAAUCAUUAGAUUUCUGUUUGUAAAGUCUACAGAAACCAGGGCAGAAAGGGUGAAAACAAUCAUGUUCAUUCUCAGUAUUUGUAUGUUGACAGAGGAAAAUUAGAAUACCUGAUAGUUUUUAAAAUGAAGGAGAGUGGACCUUUGUUUAUUUUGCGAAUAAACGAAUUUAUUUUCAAGAAA